AUGUAUGACAAGGAGCUUCGCCGCCAAAAGCACAAGAAAUGGUUGUUGUACGCUGUGGCCUUCAUCAUUUUUCAAUCCGCAAUCAUAGCCCUCUUCACCCUCACAAUCAUGAAAGUCCGGAAUCCCAAGUUCCGGGUCAGGUCCGCUUCCUUCGACACCAUUGAAAUUCCAACGGCGAACACUUCCUUCAACUUCAAUUCCAACGUCCAGCUUGGGAUCAAGAACACCAAUUUCGGACCCUACAAAUAUGACAACAGCACAAUUACCUUUUACUACGGCGAUACGGAGGUUGGAAGUGCUACUAUCUCCAAAUCGAAAGCCCAAUUCCGAAGGACCAAGAAGUUUAACGUUGCAGUGAGCCUUGCUUCGACCAAUCUAGCAGCGAAUUCGCAACUGGCGACUGAUAUAGGCUCUGGGAUCGUGCCGCUGAGCAGCCAAUCGAAACUGACCGGAAAGGUUGAACUGAUGCUUAUUUUCAAGAAGAAGAAGUCCGUCAACAUGAAUUGCACUAUGGAAAUAAAUAUCAGCGCACGAUCACUCCAGAAUAUCGUGUGCAAGUAG